AUGAAUGUAGCAAAGGAGUUAAAGGGAUUGGGAGCUCCAGAGUUUAAAGGUGAGGCCGAGGAAGGUCAUGUUGCUAGGGUCCUUUGGCUCAAUAAUGUGAAGAUCAUGUUAGAUGGACUCCACUAUUCUAAUGUGGAAAAGUUAGAUGUAGUGAUGAAGCAAGAAUUCUUGAAACUAAAGCAAAUGAAUCGUACUGUGAAUGAAUACAAGUGCGAGUUCAACAAGUUAAGUCAUUUUGCGGCUGAGUUGGUUCCGAAAAAGAAGAAUGCAAGUGUGGUAGUUAAUCGUGCUAAAGCUCUAAAGAGAGCUGAAAAUGAACAGUUUAGAAAGAAAAGAGCCCAACCGUCUAAAAGAAUUGGGGCUUUAUCAAGUUCUGCACCACCCAAGAGAGGUAGAGAUUAUGGUUUUCAGUCUCAUGCGAGAAUUGAUGAUUUGUUUGAUCGGUUGAAAGGAGCUUCAGUUUUCUCUAAGAUUGAUUUAAGAUAUGGAUAUCAUCAGUUGAAGAUUCAGGAGAAAGAUAUUCUAAAGACGACAUUUAGAACAAGGUACGAUCACUGCGAGUUCAUUGUUAUGCCUUUCGGAGUUAAGAAUGCACUAGCUGAUUUCAUGGACCUGAUGAAUAGAUUAUUUCAACCUUAUCUAGACCAAUUCGUAGUUGUUUUCGUCGAUGAUAUAUUGGUGUAUUCGAAAACGAAUGAAGAACAUAAAGGAAUUCAGAUUGAUCCUCAGAUGAUAAAAGCCAUUCUAGAAUGGGAGGUUCCAAAGAAUGUAUCUGAAGUUCAAAGUUUUCUAGGACUUGCAGAAGCUUCAAGGUUGGUUCAACCUGAGUUUGGCAAGAACUACACGGUUUAUAGUGACGCGUCCCAUAAUGGAUUGGGAUGUGUGCUGAUGUAA